AAUAUGUCGGCCCAAGUCAGGCUGAGGCUGCUGCCCAGCGUCAGGUGUCUGUUCGAUGAGCCCGUCCAGGUGAAGGUGGCCGGGCUGAGGUCCAGGCAGGUGGUCACCAUGAGAGCCAGGUCCACAGAUGAGAGAGGAGUGGUGUUCAAUUCCUCUGCCAGCUACAGGGCCGAUGACAGCGGGGAGAUCGACCUGGACAGAGACGCCUCGCUCUGCGGAAGCUACGUUGGUGUUGAACCCAUGGGUCUGCUGAGGUCACUGAAGGCAGAUGCUUUGCACAAAUACUUCUUUAAGAACAGAGCGUUGGAGCCUUUCAUGGUGAACUUCUCUGUGCAUGAUGAGGAGGGCAGGAUGCUGGCAGAGGCGACCAAUGAGAGGUGUCUUAUGGGAGACGGGGUCAGGCGAGUUCCUGUUAAAGAAGGCAACGUUCAAGGAGUCCUGUUUACUCCUCCAGGAGAGGGUCCGUUUCCUGCGGUGUUGGAUCUGUGCACCUUCAUGUCCGAGAAAAGGGCCUCUCUGCUGGCCAACAAAGGCUUUGCAGUUCUUGCUUUUCCCGUGUUUACUGAGAAACCCAACCUAGAAAGGAUGAAUCUGGAUGACUUCGAAGAAGCGGUGCAGUUCUUACAAAACCAGCCUAAGGUGAACAGUAAAGGGGUUGGAGUAAUAUCCCGGUCAAAGGGGGCCGACAUUGCACUGUCACUUGCUACCUUUGUACCCGGAGUUGAAGCUGUGGUGUGGAUUAAUGGCUGCAGCGCCAACAUUGGCAUUCCCCUCUACUAUAAGGGCCAUCAGAUCCUCUCACCGUUGAUGUUUAACUUCAGUAAGGUGAUACCCACCGAGUGUGGAGCUAACAUGAUCAAGCACGCUGUUGAAAACCCUCUGGCUGAGGAGAACAAGAGCAGCAUCGUUCCCAUUGAGCGAGCAAAUAGUCAUUUCCUCUUCGUGGCGUCUGAGGAAGACCUCAACGGGGACAGCAAGGGCUACGUGGACGACAUGGUGGAGAGACUGAAGCGUCAUGGGAAGAAAAACUUCGAGAGCGUAAUCUACCCUGCAGCUGGACAUUUACUGGAGCCACCUUACGGACCACACUGCCCCUCUGCUCUUCAUGGGAUGCUAAGGUUUCCAGUGGUGUGGGGCGGGGAGCCUCGAGCUCAUGCAGCGGCUGAAGUCCACCUGUGGACGAAGAUCCAGGAUUUCUUAAAAGCUCACCUGGGCAGCAACUCUGCACAGACUAAAUCCAAACUAUAG